AUGGCUCUGAACAACACCUUGGGCGCUUUCAUGCGCGGCGUCAUGUACCGCGGUGUCCCCGGUGAGAUGACUGUGGAAAAUAUUCCCAUGCCCACCAUUCUCAACCAGACCGACGCCGUAGUCCGUAUCACGACUUCUGCUCUAUGUGGUUCUGACCUACACGUCUAUCGCGGCUACCAGGGAGGCGCUCCCCCGUGGAACAUGGGACAUGAGGCCAUUGGCUACAUCUCCGAGCUUGGAAGUGCAGUCUCUGGGCUCGAAGUUGGUGACUACGUCAUCAUCCCUGACACUGUGAACCACGGUCGGCUUGAGAUGGAGCCCACUGGUUUGGAUUUCUACGGUAAUGGAGCUGUUGUCACAGAUGGUCUCCAGUCCGAGUACGCCAGAGUCCGAUUCGCCGACUCUAAUUUAAUCCCUAUCCCGCUCACACGGGAGACAACGAACACCACCAUCGAGCAAGACUACCUAACCAUCUCCGACAUCUUCGCCACAGGUUGGGCAAGUCUUGACUUUUCAGGCUUUGAAACAGGCGAUACGGUGGCAGUCUUUGGCGCUGGCCCAGUCGGACUCAUGGCUGCCUACUCGGCCACUCUUCGCGGCGCCUCGAAGGUCUAUGUGAUCGACCACGUCCAAGCCAGGCUCGACCGCGCUGCUUCAAUUGGCGCAAUUCCCAUCAACUUCGCAGCCAGCGACCCCGUCGCCCAGAUCAUGGCUUCCGAACCGAACGGGGUCAUGCGCUCCGUCGACUGCGUUGGCAUCGAGGCUCUCAACUCGACUCUAGAGCAUCAACCCAACAUUAUCCUGAAUCAGAUGGUCAAUCUCACCCAUGUCGGCGGAGGCAUUGGUCAAGUUGGAGUAUACAUGGCGCAACCAGACUCGCCCGGCUCUCCUCUAGGGUCCACAUUUUCUCCCAUCGCCGAGUUCCCUCUGUCCGACUUCUUUGGUAAACGCUUGAAGUUCCAAGCUGGCCCCGUCGAUCCCAAGGUGUACGCGCCGAUGCUUGUGGAGCUUAUCAGCAGCGGCAAGGCCAGCCCUCAUUUCAUCGCUUCGGCGAGUAUCUCGAUUGAGGAUGUUCCGGCCUACUACGCUCGUUUCAAUGCUCAUGACGAGAUCAAGGUUUUCAUCAGCUUUCCUUGA